GGGCCAGGACCCAGCCCCUAGUCUCCAUAGGCCCCGGCUCCCUCCUGUACCCAAAGCCUGUACACCCCGGGCCCAACCCCACUCACACCAUCCCUCCUGCCCCUUCCAGAUGCUGAACCUACUGGUGCUGGCCCUGCCCAUCCUGGGGAGCUGGGUCCAUGCGGCCCCUGCCCCAGGCCAGGCCUCAGAGUGAGCAGGGAUCGUAGGGGGCCAGGAGGCCCCUGAGAGCAAGUGGCCCUGGCAGGUGAGCCUGCGGCAGCACACUCACUUCUGGAUGCACGUCUGUGGGGGCUCCCUCAUCCACCCCCAGUGGGUGCUGACGGCGGCACACUGCGUGGGACCGGAAGUCCAGGACUUGGCUGACUUUAGGGUGCGGCUGCGGGAGCAGCAUCUCUAUUACCACGACAAGCUGCUGCCUGUGAGCAGGAUAAUCCCCCACCCCGGCUUCUACAUGGCCACCACCGGGGCAGACAUUGCCCUGCUGGAGCUCGAGGAGCCCGUGAACAUCUCUCACAGUGUCCACUCCAUCACCCUGCCCCCGGCCUCAGAGACGUUCCCCCCGGGGACGCCGUGCUGGGUGACAGGCUGGGGUGAUGUGGACAAUGAUGUGGGGCUCCCCCCACCAUUCCCCCUGGAGGAGGUGGAAGUCCCCAUAGCGGAAAACCACAUUUGUGAUGCAAAAUACUACAUGGGGCUCUACACAGGUGACAAUGUUCCCAUUGUUCAUGAUGACAUGUUGUGUGCUGGGAAUGAAAAGCAUGACUCCUGCCAGGGCGACUCUGGAGGGCCCCUGGUCUGCAAGGUGAAUGGAACGUGGCUGCAGGCCGGCGUGGUGGGCUGGGGCGAUGGCUGUGCUCAGCCCAACCGGCCGGGCAUUUACACCCGCGUCACCCACUACUUGGACUGGAUCCACCACUAUGUCCCCAAGGAGCCCUGAGCCAGGUCCAGAGGGCUGCCACCCAGGUCACUAGAGGACCCAGCACCUUCCUGUCCCAACACCGCUGCUUCCUACCCAGCUGGGCUCCAGCCCCACACACCUUCCCUGUCCUUCUGUCCUGAUCCCAGUCCCAGUUCCCAGCCCCCGCUCUGUCCC